UGUCUCUCUUCCCUCUCUUUAGGGAGAUCUCUCCCUUCCACCUUCCCUUUCCUGUUUUACAGAUGUAAAGGCUAUAGAGACCUCGGUGACUGAAGCGGGAGGAGACAAUGAGAAGAAAAUACGGUCUGAACCCGAGCAGGGUGCGGGAGCAGAAGAAGAAAGUCACGUCUGCCCUGGAGAGGCUGACCCCAUGUUCACCAAGAACCAGAAGGCCGGCGGUGGCCACCAGGAGUCCUGGCAGCCGCAGCCUGAGGAGUCGGCCCAGGACUCCUCCUCCUCUGAGCCAAAGACCCAAGAUCAGCAGCAUCCCUUUGUCCCCGUUGGAUUCAGCAGAUUGCAGCUGAAGGAGCUAGAAAGCAUUUUCCAGCGCUCUCAAUAUCCCGACGUGUUUGCUAGAAAGCAGCUGGCAAUAUGCAUGGAUGUAAGUGAAGCCAAAGUGGAAGCCAGUAAGCCUGAUGAAAGCAAUUGAUCAGAGUAGCCACUCUGACACCUGCUUCAGUCCUUGGAUACCUUUGUCCUACACAUUCUCCAGUUGGCCUGUUUUUGUUGCCUUUUCUAUGUUUGCAAAGUGAGUUCUGAGCUUUAGAGGGUGAAAAAUGGGAUAGGGAAACCCCAGCUUAUGGAAAUUUUCCAUUACCAGAGGGAAUGUGCUUUCUAAUGGAAAAAUAAAACAUACCAUACUGCUACUUCUAUUUCCUGUACAAAAUUGAGUAUAAAUAAAGUUCACUGCUUUCUAA